GCUGCUGCCGCCGCCGCUGCUUCAGCCUCUGCCGCCGCCGCUGCUGCUGCCGCCGCCACUUCUGCCGCUGCUGCUGCCGCCUCAGCCUCUACCGCGGCAGCUACAGCGAUACGGGCUUCCUCCUCGGCUGCCCGCUUGGCCUUCUUCUCCCUUCGCUUGCGCUCCUUCCGUUCACGGCGCGCAUCCUCUUCCUGUCUCACCCUCGCUUCCUCUUCAUCCUGCAGCCUCUGUUCCUCGAGCAGUCGGUCUUGUUCUUCCUGUCGUAGGCGCUCCUCUUCCAGCCUAUGUGCCUCCUCCAGUUGCCACUGUGCUUCGCGCUGGCGUUCCAGCUCCUCUUGUUCCUCUCGCUCCUGACGCUCAGCCUCUUCGCGCUCGAGCCGUUCCGCCUCCUCUGCCUCCUCCUGUUCUCGCCGGCGUUGCUCCUCGAUCUUCCUAUCAUCCUCCUCCUGCUGCCUCUGUUGCGUGAGAAGCUGCCACGGACUCAUGAACUUACUAGCGAAUCCGCGGGCGGCUGGCGCCGGAGCCGUCGCAGCUGUAGCUGACGUCGGCUCCUUAGCCUCGUCGAUCUCGCCCUCCUGCUCAACCUCCACCUCCGGAAGAGCAGCGACCUCCGCAAGGACCUCGGCGGGCACUUCCGUCUCAGGCUCCGGUUCGGGCUGCUCCUCUACCGCCUUGCCUUUCAUUUCCGUCCUCUUCUUUUUCCGCUCUUGCUUCUCCAGCUUGCGUCGUUCUUUGUCGGUCAAUUUCUUUUCAGGCGCCGGGGGCGGAGGUGGUGCAAGCGCCACUUCCUCUUCCUCGGGGACUUCUUCAAUGACCUCGGGUUCUCGCUCGUGCUCGUCGUCGGUGAGGAGGGGUGCGGCGACCACUGGUGUGGGAGGCAUCAGGAACUGUAAUGGGUUGAACAUGCUGCGCGUAGCCUUCGGGGUAACUGGGGAUGGUGCUUCGUUUCCAGGCUCCACACGCUCGUCAUCAUUACCCAGGUCGAAUGCCAGCCCACCUUCCGGAAUUGGCUCUGCCUCAACGAUCUCCGAGCCGGACGCGUGCUCCGUAUCAAAGAACUCAUCAUCAUUCUCCUCUUCGUAUUCUAGUUCGGGUAUUGGGGAGGGCUCGCGUGGCGGGGGCGGGUGAGCAUGAGGGUGAGCCGGUGUUGGCGUAGCACCCCGCGAGGAAGCCUCCUUCUUCCGUUUGUUCACUUC